AUGGCAGUGCCCACCCCUGAUGCUUCCUUGCUGGACCCAGUCCUGCCGAGUGGUAGCGAUGCCACCAAGAAGCUUGCAGACGUCAAACGCAGGAAGAAGCAGCCCCCAUCCGAUCCGCCUUCCACACCCUCGUCUGCAUCCAAAGGUGAAAAGGAGGCUUUUACACCGGAGGAGGAGGUGGCCAAAACCCACGAGAUCCUGUUGAAGAUCGACCAGAAUGCUGGCAAGCGUCGGCGAAAGGAUCGCCGCAAGAAGGCGGCUGAGGACGAGGGUGCUGAUGCUGAUGGUCAUGAUUCCCAUGGUGAGCGAUCGAAAGAGAAGACGCUUAAGAGGCGCGUGAGCAAGCGUCGCCUGGUCAUGAAGCGCAAGAACUCUAAGCGAUCAAGAUCUUUCGAGGACGAGGGUUCCCCAUCGCCGGAACCGGUCGUGGAGGAGCCACAGGCUGCAGCCCCGAAGCCCAGGGUUCGGGUUACAGGGAAAAAGGUGCCGACGGCAGAGGACCCAACGGCCCCAGCUCCGAAGUCAGCUCCGAAGUGCAAGGCCAAAUCGAAAGCCAAGCCUGUCCCGAAGUCAGCGCCGAAGGCCAAAGCCAAGGCUGCACGGAAGGCGGUGUGUGCAGAGGACGAGGAGGGCUCAAAGGCCCCAGCUCCAAAGCCAGAUGCGAAACGCAAGUCAGCUCUGAAGGUCAAGGGCAAAAGCAGUGCCAAGCCUGCUGUGGAGAGCGCCGAGCCCAAGGAGACUGGCAAUGUUUCGAAGCCUAGGGCAAAGGCCAAGGCCGGUAGCCUUCGCCCAUCGGUUUCGAAUGAUUUCGAGCUUGACGAGCACUUGAUGGAGCGCUUUGUGGCCUACGGAGGGCAGUGCCAUGGCGAGGAGGACAAGUUCAGUCUUGAAACCAAGAAGCGGCUAAGGGCAUGCCUUUCCACUUUCGAGCACUCCACCUUGAUCAUCUACUGGACUCGGCCCGCCGUUGCCCUCAAGUUUCGGAAGCACGAUCGCACCAAGGACUACUUUUACAAUGCGUUCCCCUGUCCCGAGGGUGUCUGCUAUCGCAUCCACAUGCUUGUGUCCAUCCAAGCAGAGUUCCUUGACAUGCUCCUCGCGGACAAACCUGUGGAAUCCUGGCCGGGGUUCGAGGAGAAAGGCAUGGCCGUUCUCUUGGACGAUGAGCAGGUGGCUUUGCACUACGACCAGGUCGUGCAGCACGGACGAGAGGCCAUGCAGGUCCUCUUGGAGGAGGACGCAGAAGCAGAGGACUGA